AUGUCCUACGAUGAGAGCAUUUUCUAUACCGUCCCUUGCGUGGAUAAAAAUCCGGAAAAGUACGAAGACAACUUUUGUGAAUUGAGUGAAUUCUAUCAGAAAAUCGCUUCCGAAAAGCUACGCGAAUCGGAUGAAAUCCGUGAACAAAGCCUGGCCCAGCUUCGGGAUUGGAUUGCCAAACAUCCGCACAUCAAAAAGUGUCGCACCGAUACGCAGUAUUUGCUGCGAUUUUUGCGGAACCGGAAGUACGCCAUCAACAGUGCAUGCGAGAUGCUGGAACGAUCCCUCGUCGCAAAAGCUAUUCAUCCACAUUGGUUGACGAAUUUGGACAUCGAAGAUCCGGAACUGGAAGCGCUAGUAGACACCGGGUAUUUGUUCACUCUCCCGGAACGCGACAGCAAGGGAUGUACGAUCAUCUUCAACGAAACUGCUCAGCUGGAUCCGACCAAGUUUAACGCAGGACAUGUGGCACGGAUCCACAAUCUUAUCAACGAGGUCAAUUUUGACAGGCCCGAGGUUCAAUGCGGCGGUUUUGUGUUGGUCUAUGAUCUAUCUGGCAUGACCAUGUCCCAGCUGAGUUUGGUUUCGUUGAACGACAUUCGCAUCCUGGCGCGGUACGUCACCAAAGCCAUUCCGGUGCGCUUCCAUGAGCUCCAUUUCCUUGGAACUCCCGGACCCACACAGACCAUCGUCAACUUUGUGCUGCAACUGUUCAGCGAGAAGCUGAAGCAGAGAAUUAUGUUCCAUCGCACCUGGGACGAGUUGUACGCCAAGGUGGAUAAGAAUUUGCUCCCGAAAGAGUUUGGUGGAAAGACUCCCAAGGCCGAGUGUAUCGCGCUGUUCAAGGAGCAGUGUAAAAAGGCACGCGGUCGUAUGCUAAAGUACGACGAGCUGGAAAUCGAGCUCAGCAAGGAUUCCAAAUACUGGCAGGAAACUUCCGAUGCGGAACUGGAAAGUGGGGCCAUCGGGAGCUUCCGGAUGCUGACCGUGGAUUAG